AUGCAAUAUGAAGAAUUAAUCAAUAAUCAAGAACAAAAACGUCCAAUAAUUCAUGAUCUUCGUAAACGUAUUGGUGAAUUUCAUCAAAUGAAUGAAGCAUUUUAUAAUUCAUUAUCAGCUACACAAGUUGAAUUAAAAACAGAUGAAGAUGAUCAUUGGCAACAACGAUCUUUAUUUACUGAAAAACAAUCGAAAUUAAGAAAAGAUUUACAUGAACUAGAACAAGUAAUUUAUAUACUCUCCAUGUCAAAAUAUGAUGGACUGCGCUGUUUUUCUGAAUAA